AUGUCGGUUGCCUUUGCUUCUGCUCGCCCAAGAGGCAAAGGAGAGGUCACCCAGCAAACUAUCCAGAAGGUAACAGAAAAAGAACCGGGGGAGGGGGGUGGAAUUAAGAGCAUGCUUUAAUAUAGACAAGCGUGUGUGUGUGUCAAUGUGUGUGCAAGUCUCCAUCGUAGGGAGUGGGGAGGGGGAAGGGUAAUUUUAUAAGAUGCUCCCGCUAAGUAGUGAAUUUGCAAGGGCUUGGAAAGAUGGACCGCUGUAGAAGAGAAGGAGGAGGCGGAACAAAGCAAAGGUGUUCAGAUGAUGGCAAAGGGAGAGGGGGAAAGAUGGAAAGGAUCAAAGGAGCCGGGGGAGAAUGUUGCAAAAUGAGACGGAUAUAUUUUCCUUGCAGGAUCUUCGUGCUUGGAAAUACUUCCAUUGCUGCGUACGUUGCAGAAAAUAGCCCAAAGUGCAAACAGACUGUUGUGUGUUAUAUAUGACAGCAUAGCAGCGUUUUUAGCACAGAAAGAGAAAUCUGCCUAUUUGUGGCCGUACGUCUUUAUCUUUGUAUUUUCCUGUUCGUUUUGGAAGGCUCGUCAUGGUUUUAAAGGGGACCUUAAGGAAGUGUGACACUGGAUUAUCGCUGCUUUUCGUCUUAAGGCUUUCUCUUUUUUUAUUACUAUUAUUAUUUUAAAAGAAAAUGUGUAUUGAUGUCAAGUGUUUGGCAUGGAACGAUUCUGUAAGAUCCUCUGAAAAGCAACAACGUUGCAGAUUCAAAGGCAAAAUCUUAAAUGCUUGAUGGAGGGAGGUUCGGGCAUUUUCAUUAAUUCAUUUCUAAAUGGGAGCAGAAUUGUAACCUUUGUAAGGAAAACAAGGCAGGUGUUCCCCUGUGUACAAGUUUGCAAUGCCGCUUUCUGAAGAGGAGAAAGCCCUGAGAGGGAGAGAGGCAGGGGAAUGUACCAUCCAAGUUCUCCCCCUGCCUCCCUUUCCCAGGGAAGGGGCUGUAAAUAAUAGGAGAGGUGUGGAGAUGUCAAUAAUGAGUAAUAGAUCUGUUAACGCUUAAACAAUACGCUAUUUCCAGUGCCUGCCUGUCAGCCUCCCUCUAUCCUUGGAAGCGGGCAUGCUCCUAGCUUCACUGUAGCAAUUGUUCAGGAGUCUUAGCCCAGGGUCUUGGAAGAAGCCAAGGAGGAUUAAAGAUCUGAUGACAGCCUGUUUGCCAGUGAUGAUGGAAAAUGCAAGGAGGUGGUGUUGGAGCACAAAUCUGCAGCACAUAGACAACGCUGUCUUGCAAAAAUGCAAGAUAGCUUGUUUAAAAACUCAUCAUAGCAGGUGUAGAUCUGGAAGUGUACAUUAGGCAGGUUAGGAACCUCCUGUCCUCUCAAUAUGGGUAGGACAAAAAUAGCCAAAGUUAAAUGCUUAAGGCUACAGUUCCAAGUCUAGGAAGCAAAGCAAGUGAUUUGACUUCUGAGUAAACAUUUGGCUGCAAGUCACAUUGACUUCCAUGGGAGAGAUGAUUGUUUAUAUAGUACUAUAGUGUUUUAUAUAGGAACAUAGGAAGCUGCCUUAUACUGAGUCAGAUCAUUGAUCCAUCUAGUCCAGUAUUGUCUACACUGACUGGCAGCUGCUCUCCAGGAUUUUAAACUGGGGUCCUUCCCAGUUCUGCUUGGGGAUGCUGAGAACUGAAGCUGGGACCUUCUGCAUGUAGAGCAGACGUUCUUCCACUGAGUUAUGGCCCUUCCCCAUAUCAAUCCCUGCCCCAAGGAGUUUACAGUCAGUAAACAGAUCUCAAUAUACGAGUCACUAUCUUAAUGAAAUAAAUGGGUCUUUCACAUCCUUCACUCUCAGCUUAAUAAUAAUAAUAAUACCCCACCCAUCUGGCUGGGUUUCCUCAGCUAUUCUCGGUAGCUUCUAACAAAAUUUUAAAACAUGCCCUGUGUUGGUUUUUCUUACAGGUUGCUUGUUGGUACUGGAUUGUACCAGAGCUUAGCUGACAAAGCUGUUUAGUAGGCUGGUGUGAUACUGUGAAAUAGAUCUCAAACAACUCAAAUAAAAUAUUCUGAAUAUUACAGUUCUGAAAAUGUUUUUAAUUUGGGUUUUUAACAAGAUGUGUGGGAAAAGGUGUAGGCAUUUUGUGAUGCGUGCUUCAUAUAAAAGUGAGCCCUUAUCGUUUGUACUGCAACUCUUUUGCAAUCCUUUUGUCAAAGCAUUUCGUGGAAAUUGUUUGCUUAUUUGGAGUCCUUGCUACUGUACAUUUAAAUCCAAGACUGAGAGCUAAUUAAUCCUGGUUGGCGUUAUUUAUGCUUAAUUUGGCAUUCACGGGAUUAUCACUAGUUUAAGGCCAAGCAGAGCAUGAAGGUGGUUGCUAUUAGUAUCUUGUAUUCAGGGAUACAUACAUUAUCACUGUGUUUGAAGGUUCUAUUGAUAGGUUUAUUGACUGCCAUCAGAUGCUGCCAACCUUUUGGGACUCUGUGGGCAGAGUGGGAACUUUCUCUCAAAGUGUGAUAGGCACAUCCCCCUCAGAUUGCUUCUCUCCCCACACCUAUUUCUGAGUCAGACAGAAAACCAGAGGCUCAGUGAAUGCAAGAACUACUGCUUUUCCGUGGGGACUGGGUAAAAAAAUGGAUCCAGCAGAACUAAAACAAAUCUUCCUGAAUUUGCAUGCUUUUGCCACAGGGAUCCCCAAGAACUUUUAAAUUAAAUCUUUCAGUGGUAGACUACUCAGUAAAAAAAGUUAAAAAAAUCAUAGAUCCGAUGCUUGUCAGCACAACAAAAACAUUGAUCCAAGGCAUAUCUUUGUGAUCGUUACACAGCACGACAAUGAAACCACCAGAACAUCUGUGUACGCAUAGGUGACCUUUGAUUUGAUACUGGUUUUGAGGUGAUCCCAUAGGAAUCUAUAUAAUCUUCCCUGUAUUACAGUGCAGCUUUUCAGCCUGUUUAUUAUUAGUAGUAGUACUAGUAGUAAUAAUAAAGCAAAAAACCACAGCUUGUCAGGGAGAGACCAUAGCUCAGUGGUAGCAGUAAACAUGCAUUGAAUCUCUAGGUUUAAAAGAAUCAGGACAUGUACUCUGGACUUUAGGAAGGCCGGUUGCAGAAAGCUCAAGGAACUACUGAGUGAGAUCCCAUGGCCACUAAUACUCAAAGAGAAGAGAGUCCUAGAUGGAUGGGAGUUUCUUAAAGGUGAAAUAUUGAAGGCACAGGUGCAGGCAAUUCUAAAGAAACAGUAUGACUGCAUAAGGAGCUUACAGAUGAGCUGGGAUUUAAGAAGGGCCCGUAUAAGAAAUGGAAGAAAGGGAAAAUCACAAAGGGGGAGUAUACAUGAGUAGCCAACAGUUGCAGGGUGAAUGUCAGGUUGGCCAAAGCUCAGAAUGAGCUCAGGCUUGCAAGAGAGGUUGAUAAUACUACUACUACUACUACUAAUAAUAAUAAUAAUAAUAAUGUUUCUUCAGCUAUGUUUGAAGCAAGAGGAAGAACAAGCAAGUGAUAGGCCCUCAGGGUCCCUUCCAACUCUGUGAUUCUAGGUGAUUCAAAAGACCCCUGUCUGAGACCCUGGAGAACCACAGAAAGUGAAAGCAGACAAUAUUGGGCUAAAGGGCAAAUUGUCUGACUUGAGAUAAGGCAGGUGUUUCAGUUCCUGUGUUAUCCCUAGGCCCCUGUCUACAUAGGGAGCUGCCUUAUACUGAGUCAGACCACUGGUCCCUCUAUCAGAGCAUUUUCUACACUGAUUGGCAGCAGCUCUCCAAGGUUUCAGGCAUUCAGGGACAUUCCCAGCGCUGCUUGGAAAUGCUGAGGAUUGAACCAGAGAUUUCCUGCAUGCAAGGCAGAUGCUACAACACUAAGCUACAGCCCUUCCAGAGUUUCGGCCACACCCCCUUGUUUACUAUUAUAGAUCAUCUCCAUGCUAUUCUGAUUCUUAAUGCCACUGUAGUAAUUGAAAGUAAUAACAACAACCUUGUGAUACUUAGAUGAAGGGCUGCAUAGAAAUUUAAUUCUAUUAUUAGUAAUAUAUUUAUAUUUAUUAAAUUUCUAUGCUGCCCUUCAUCUGAUGAUUGCAGGGUGGUUUACAAUAUAAAAACACAAAAAUACAUAUCAUAAUAAACAAAAAUUAUACUCCAGCAUUAUAUGUAAUAAAUAUAAGCAAGGUGACAAUUAUUUGCAUUAUUAUUAUUUACUGAAUUUAUAUACUGCCCUAUACCCGAAGGCUGCAUGAGGUUUAGUCCAGAUUUCAGUGUGAAAGUCUAGCUGUGGCUGGAUCAUGUCUAUAGCCACUUUAUUGGUGAACGAUUGUCCAACAAAAAGUUCUCAAAGUUGUUUGCAUGGUAAAGGGUGGCUUACAAACAUAUUGCUUUGGGGUAGUCUUUCACACGUAGGCCUUCCUUGCACAAAGAAAUGGACUCUCUCUCCCAUCUUAUUUCUUUCAGUCUUUCUUGGAGAGAAACCCCUCUCUGGAAGCACUGCUUUCCUCCCCCAAGACCUAAUUCAGGAACAGAUCAGAUAAUGAUAACCAUCUAGUUUCCCCUUUUAAAAUUUAUUUUUAAUUUAUUAAACUUGUGUAUCACCCUUCCUCUGGAGAUCUCAGGGUGGUUCAAAAGAUAAAAACUCAAAACAGACAAUAGGAACAAACACAUUUAAAAGGGUAUAGGAUGUUAGUCAGCCAAAGGCCUGGUUGAAGAUGAACGUUUUCACCUGGUGCCUAGAGGUGUAUAAUGAAGGUGCCGGGAACAUUUGGAAGAUCCGCAGGUUCCCCACUUCUGACGUGCGUAUGAGGUGCAUCUUGAAUACUCUGCUGUUACAGAUGUUGUGCUAUUAUAAGCCCCUCAGGUGCCCAGGCAUAAUUUCAGGGGUGAAAAAAAGGCAGAAGUGAGUUGAAAGAGAGAGCUAGUUAUCAUGGAACACCCUGACCCCCAAACACAUCCAAUACCUUUUAAAACAACCUAGUUUAUGGUGCUGGUAGAGACCCAUUUCCAUCCAUCUCCUGUUGGACUACAGCUCCCAUCAUUCCUGGCCAGGGGCCAUGCUGGUUGAGGUGAAUGGGAAGUGUCCAACAACAUCUGGAAUACAUCAGGCUCCCCAUCCCUGGCAUACAUUAUUAGUUACCCCUUAAAAAGCAGGAAUGGGGGAUAUGUGACCGACCAGAUGCUGUUAUACUCCAACGCCCAUCAUUCCUGACCAUUGGUCAUGCUGGCUGAGACUAAGGGAAGUUGGGAGUGGCAAAGUAUACUGAAGGCUAGAGGUAGGCUGACCAAAAUGUUUGAAUGGCAUGAUCCCAUUACCCACAGGUCUCUGUAACCCCCUGCCCAAUCUCUCAUUUGCUUCCUGUUCCUCCACCCCGGCAUAAUGUGCUUUUUGAUUUGAUCAAAUAUCUGUAUGCCACAUUCCCAGGGACAUAGGAAGCUCCCUUCCACUGUCAGAUAGUUGGUCCAUCUUUUUCAUUAUUGCCUAUAUUGACUAGCAGUGGCCUACCAGGGUUUCCGACGGCUGACAUUCCAGGCCCUGCUAGGAGAUGCCAGUGGUUGAACCUGGUAACCUUCUACAUGCAAAUCAGAUGUCCUGCCUGAGCUACUGAGGAAGCUGAGCUCAGGUCAGCUCAAAGGUUCCUCACAUCUGCCAUAGAGCCAUGGGAAAGAGCCUCAAAGAGUGGACACCUGCAGUCUCUGCUGGGAGCCACAGUUGGGCCUGUGUUGUAUAUGGAAAAAUCUGAACAACUUCCCAAAGCCCCCGACAGCCAUUAUGUUUUAUUUAUCUUACUUCAUCUCACUUUGCCCUCUCUUGGGAAGUUGCAGAUUGUGCCCAAUGGGACAGAUCAAGCAAAUGGGGAGAAAGCAGCUGUGAGGAUGGGGUGGCACUACUCAGGGUAUCUUGACCAAGCCCCACCCAUAAAACCUGCAGCUAGCAUUGCAGAGACACACUGUCCUCCCCAGCCCCACAGAAUUUGUGUGUGAGGGCUAAGCCCCUAAAUACCAGGAAUGGAGAGCAGGAUUUGACCACAACACAUAACCACAUUUCCAAGUACAGCACUUUACUGUUUCCUUUGGAAGUGCAUGGCAGCUAUGCAUUUGCAGGAGAUAAAUUCAAACGGAUGCAUUUUCCAGAGGAGCCACUGUGGUAGGAAUGAACAAGUUGCCUGCCCUGGUGUCCCAUGGCUGAGCAAGGCAGUGUUUUGUCUUUCUUGUAUUCCAGUUUGCAGAUGGUGUGCCUUGCCCCAGAGACCUUUUGGGGAACCACCAGACACAGGCAACUGCCUUACACUGAGUCAGACCAUUGGUCCAUCCAGCUUAGCAUUGCCCCCACUGACUGGCAGUGACUCUCCAGGGUUUCAGGCAAGGCUCACUUGCAGCCCUCUCUGGAAAUGCCAGGGAUUGAGCCAGCAGCCUUCUGCAUAUGACUUUUGAAAGACAUCUGAAGGCAGCCCUGUAUAGGGAAGUUUUUAAUGUUUGAUGUCACAUUUGUGUUUUCAUAUUAUGUUUGAAGCUGCCCAGAGUGGCUGGGGCAACCCAGUUUGAUGUGUGGGGAACAAAUAAACAGCAGUGCAAACCAAAUGCUCUGCCACUGAGCCUAUGGCCCUUCGCUAAGAACCAAGUUUGCCUGUCCCUUUAUCUACACCCCCCACCCCAAUUUUAUAUUCCAUUUCUUAGACUGAACAUUUUGAAAUGCUAUAUAGGACAUUUAUAUAUAUCUUUCUGUAGCUUUUGGGGUAGAAACCGAAACAAACUGGAAAUAAAUACACUAAAGAAAUGUUUGUGCUUCCUCCAGUUCCUUUGCACCGAUUAAAAUACAAAUGUGAAAUGCUACGAAAACCUAGGCAAAGAGAUGCAGUCCGUGGCUGUGUCAUUUUUUAACAACAACAACAACAACAACAAAAAUCAGCAAUGAAAUUAUUUCAGGACUUCAACCUUCUUCCACAUGAAUUAAAUUGGCGACCGGGGUGUGGGGGGUGGGUGGGCAGGAUCCUUUGCUCCAUUCCUUUAUGCUUUUCCCCAGUCGUGUUCCCUAGAAACAGAAAGGCUUCUUCUAGAAUUUAGCCAAAGGCAUAGUUCAGUCAAUCAUUGCUUUUGAUUUUCUCCUAAAUGCCAUUUCACUGGUGCGUGGCUGCACAAAAUCCCCCUUCUGAAUGGAAAUGUCUCUAAGGAGGGAGACUGGAUUGAGGAUCUUCCUGCUCUCCUUUCGUCUGCUGCUUCAAUCUAGUCACUGAUGCAGAUUUCAGGCCGAGUUCUGCAUCCCUGCUUCUUAGACCACCAUCACCAGCUUGGAUGCUUCUACCGUGGAAUAGGAUUUAAUGCAUGGCUUCCAUCCACCAGGAACUGUGUGUUUGGUAUUGUGGGCCCAAUUCUGUGGAACGUCCUUCUAGCAGAAAUCAGACCCCGGCCCCCACUGAACUUCAGACUUCUCAAUUAUUAUUUUAGCAAGUGUUUUGAGUUUCUGAUUCCAUGGUUAAUUUUGUUGUUGUUGCUGUUUAGUCGUUUAGUCGUGUCUGACUCUUCGUGACCCCAUGGACCAGAGCACGCCAGGCACUCCUAUCUUUCACUGCCUCCCACAGUUUGGUCAAAAUUUGGUUUGGUUAAUUUUAAUAAGUGUUUAUCUUUUGUAAACUCAUUGUACACAGUUUAGAAACCAUGCUGCUAAGCGGUAUAUAAAUUGUUGAAAUAAAGAAAAUAGAUGCAACAAAAGAAAUAGUCUUAGUAAACCAAAAGGGUUCCUCUCCAGAAUAAAAGGGUUGAUCAUGCAGCAGGGCCUCUUCACUGAUCUAUGUGUUUUUCAAGGCUCAGAUUAAUUCUACUGGAUUCAGCUUUUACCCAGACCCCAUGGAAAACCAAAGUGUGCACAGAGUGUUUUACCUGCAAGGGGAUGGAGAGGCUGAUCCAGGAGUGGUGCGCCCCACUCUAGCUAAAAAAUCCAAAUCUGUUCACAGACCUAAAAAGGGUUAUGAGCCCUCGAGUAGGCAGUACCAGCCGGUGGUCUAAUUCUGUAUAAGACAACUUCAGAUAUUAAUUUCCAUAAUGGUGGGGUGCUGCAUUCAUAUGAAUCAUAAAUAACUAUCUCCCUGCUUCUUUCACCUUGCUUUAUCUACUUUUAAUGAUGAUUAAUGCACAUGCAUAAAGAGCGUGCAAGGAAAAAGAAGACUACAGAAAGUUUUAGCUAAACAAAGGAGGGAAUGUACAAGGUCCCUGACUAUGUUUCAGUCAGUCAUAUCUUGAUCUUUUAUAUUCUGUUUUUUAAUUCAGAUGUUGGAUGAAAACCAUCAUCUAAUACAGUGUAUUAUGGACUAUCAAAGCAAGGGCAAAACAGCAGAAUGUACUCAGUGAGUAUGAUUUUGUUGUUGUUGUGUUGAAAUAUAUGUGUUAAUUGUUUUAUUCAUUUAAAAACCUUUCUAAACUGCUUUAUGUUUUAAAACAGCUAAGCAGUAUACAGAAACACCACAUAAAAAUAGACCAGUGUCAUAAAAACAGAAAAGCAACGUAAAAACAGGAAUCUAGUUAUAAUAGGGUCUAAACUUAUGGGCCAAGGAAAGCCUGGGCAAAAAGAUAUAUCUUUAAAACAUGUAUGAAGGAACUGAUGGAUUGUGCUUCAUGUAUAGCACAGGGAAGGGCAUCCCAUAGUGCAAGGGCAGUAGUGGAAAAUGUCUGCUUUGGGGUUUGACCUGUGAUAUUCUGUAGGGUGCAAUGUCACCAACAGGAUUUCCCCAGAUCUAAGUGACAUUGCAGGUUUGAGCAGGGGCCAGGUGGUAUUUCAGGUAACCAGGUCUCAAGUAGUUCAAAAAUUUAUGCUAAUAACAAGAUCUUGAACAUGGCCUGGGGCAGGAUGACAUUGCAUGCGUAAACAGGUGAAUGUUAACUCUUGACUCCUGUUGCUACACAAAACCUGUGUUUUGCUGAGCUUGCAAAGGUGAGUUAGAUCAGAUGCACAUAGCCACUCCAGAGAAGAAAAGGUGUUUUUCUAACCAGCUUUACUUCCUUAAGAUAAUGUCAUGUUCCUUUGCUUACAGAUAUCAACAAAUUUUGCACAGAAACUUGGUCUACUUGGCAACAAUAGCAGACUCGAACCAGAAUAUGCAGUCCUUGCUUCCUGCUGUAAGUACUGACUGAUGAGAUUGAAUGAAAUCCAGUACUUGCAGCUAAAGAUAUGCUUUUUGUGGGGAAAUAAACAAUGCUGCCAACAUGAGCACAAACCCAAUGUGGGCAUGCCUGGAGCUGAUUUCCCACUGCACAUAUUCUAGGGUCAAUACCAUGGUUAUAGAAAGUGCAUUUCCUUAUUGCUAGCCUGCACAUAUCUGGGGACUGGUCUGCACAUGAAGUGGUAGAGUCUUGGGGUGGAAGAGCUGGAGUGGACUUUGCCAUGCUGGACUGUAGGUGGGGAAUUGCAUUUAAGAAUUUCCUCUGAAUUGUUAAAAUAACAACAAAAAGUACUCCUUGCAAGGAAGGGGACUGAAAAAAAUCUUUAUCCCUGAAAAGCUAAGUAAUAUAGGUUGUUUAAUUAGCAAAUAGUUGUUGUUUUUUGCAUGUAGAAAUGAUACAAAUGCCACCACCCCUCCAAGGCAGUCUGAAGCCGUAUUUGCCAGAAUUCACCUAGCCCAGUCUGCUGUAGAGAAGGGCAUUCAGUAUGUGACUUCUAAACAGGCCUGAACUCCAGUACCUUGUUACAAAAUUGGACACUACCUUACCUGGAGAGGGUGGCUUUUCGUCUUUUCAAGAGUUGUGGGGAAGUGAUGUUGCAGAGAUGCAGCAAGCCUUAUUCUGAUAUUGCAAUUGUAUACUACAGAGGUAGGGAACCUCAGGCCCUCCAGCUGACAGGUGGGGGGGCUGAAUGUAUGUUGAAAUGAGCCUACUGUAGAAAGGUCAAAUUUACAUUUGUUUCUCCACCCACUUUUGCCUCCAGUCCUGACAAUCACUAGCAUGUGGCCCCUAGAAGGCUGCUCAGAAGAAAAUGCGGACCUCAGGAUGAAAAAAUUCCCCAUCCCUAGUCUAGUUAUUUCUUCUUCUUUCUUGCCUGCUCUAUACUGGUUGGGAGAGAAGGGUGGGUAAGAAGCUUGACCCCUGUGGCAAUGGAGUAGGAAAACUCCUCCAGCAAAAUAUCUCCCUGCCCUGGAGAAGGCUCUUAAAAAGGGGAUACCAUCUCCCAGGUGGAAGUUGGCAAUACUGAGCUAGAUGAUGAAUGGGUGAUAAGACUUCAUUCCUAGUUGAAGUCUAGGAAUGAGUGUAUGUGCUGUAUCUAGGUGGGGUGUAUGUGCUGAUAUGUACAUGUUUCAUUUCAGGAUGCAGACAUGCAAUUGGGAGAGUUGCCUUAUUUUGCUAUCUAGUAAAGUUCUUGGCCUCUGCUGCUGCUCCUUCCCCUUAAUAUUUUUAUUUUAUAUUUAGACUGCCAUUUAUCCCAAAAGAUCCCAUGGCAGCAUGUACAAAAGCCUAUAUAAUACAGCUAUUUUGAAAUAAUGAAUUUUUUUGAACAAAGAAUUCCAAAAGUCUAGAUACAGCACAAUGGUGUACAACUGUAGUUUGUGGGUCUCCUUAUGUCCUAAAAGACCAAAGGAAAAGAGGUGUCUUUAACUGACACUGAAUAACAUUGGAUAUGUACAUGCAUGUUAUGAAACUGGGCCAGGUCAAGGUUGAGUUUAGAGAUAUAAAAAUGUUGACUAUGUCCCUUCAAUGACCCAGCACAAAUUCUCUAUUGACUUCAAAGGAAGUUUUACCUGCACAGGAAAGCCAGACACAGAAUUUAUUUAGCUAAUAUAUAUCGUUUGCAUUUGUGAAGUUAAAAUUGGAAUAUUUCAAAAUGUUCAAAAUGCUAAGCUACAUUUUAUGUUGUUUUGGAAGUGCUCAUCUAGGAGUUAAAUGUGACAGGCUCGGGCUUUGUGUGUUCGCUCUUUUCUAAUUAACUGUCUGGUAAUUAAAAUGGAUUACAAAAUAGCAGAGCUGCCAUUAUCUAACAUAUUUUCAUGUAUCUCCAUACUCCAGUGUUAACCUCCAAACCUGAUGUUAAUCUUUUGUAAAUAUCAGUGCUUUUUAUCCAAAAGUUGUAUAAUUCCCUACACAAAACAAAAAACUGUUUCAUCAUGGUCUGCUUAGAUGAAGGUGAUCGUAUAUGUCAUUAUCAUUGCUGUUGAUUUUUUCAUUACUGAAAAGUCUUAUUCCUGCGUUGAUUCAUUAUUAAUAAUGUCUAAUAAUAAUAAAUAAUGGCAGGAAUUCUGUCAGAUCCCCACCCCUCAUAGCUUAUUCCUACAACAAAUCCCUCUUGCUGAAUCUUUUUUUUCCCCUUCUCCUUCUUGCCAUCUGCAGCCACCGACGCAAAACAUGAACCUCGGUCCGGGAGGAAUGAAUCAGAGCGCAUCCAACCAGUCUCUUCAUGCACAGAGCAACCUCAGUGAUGCAAUCGGGACAGGCCUUCCGCCUCCCUCCCUCAUGCAGAGUCAGAUCAGCAAUGGUGAGCUUUCCAUGGUUGCCUGGCAACUGCAUCGCAAAUGCCGAACGUGCUUCUAAAGGAGCCUUUUAUGGCUGUUUAACUAGCCUCUCGGGCAUGUGGAAAACCUCGGCACGGGCUUAAAUAUGCACACAAAUCAGUUACAAUUCUUCAUACAGUUGCCACUAGCAUUCUGCAACAAUGGAUUUCCUAUAGGAGGAAUUGAUCCAUGAACACUGAGGUGGGUGCUGUUCAAGUUCUUGAGCGUAUGUUGGCUUCAGCGGCUUUUGUGGGUAGCAUAAAAAGCACUGGUUGCCAGCAUCAAAUUCUCGCUCUGUCACCAGUGAUCUAAUUUCAAGCAUUUUGAAGGGUGAAGGGAGCCCAAGAGGGAGCAUGUAAAUGUGGCACAGAAGAAAAGGUCUUUCACUUUUCUUCACUCAAAAGGCCAAAUUGUUUUAAGGUCUCAUGCAGCCUGUUCCUGUGCAAUUUACUUAGAAGUAAGUCCCACUGUACUGAUGUACCCUUUCCCCAAAGUAAGCAUACCUAGAAUUCCUUCUGUACUAUAUAUUUGUGGCAAAUUAGGUUCCUCGCUGGAUGUCAUUCCCAAACUCCAAACCAUUUCCAAAUCUGACAUGGGGCAGGGGGGGGGGGAUUCCAAUCCUUCGAAGUCCAUAUUUUGAAUCUAAAAAGAACUGGGAGAGGUAAGAUAUAAAGUAGCGUAACAUGAGCAUAGUUUUUGAGCUUCCUGGCUGCACAGUUUCUGUGGCAGAGAUGUGGAAAGCUUAGAUACUGGCAACUCGAGAGUGAAGGAAGGCAAAAUCUGAACAGGAUUCAAAAUCAAUAUUCAUUGCCACCCCUUGUUUCCUUCUUUGCUUUCUGCUAGGUCCCAAUCACGUGUCUAUGCAACAGUCAGGCCAGAAUACCAUGCCCACGACUUCCCUGAGCAUGACUGUCAGUAGCCACGGAACCGGAACCGGCUAUAGCCAUACAGUGCCUGCGUCUCAGAAUGUACCAAUGCAAGGCCAGGGAUCAAUAGGCAACUACGUCUCACGAACAAAUAUCAACAUGCAGUCCAAUCCUGGUAUGGUUGGCUUGGUUUGGCCUGGCCUUUUUUGUUGUUGGAUAGAUAUGCCAUUUUAAAGUGUCAUUGGGCUCUUGGCUUCUGUGACCACUUAUAACAGGGUCAGACCUGGGGAGGUGGGCAGUGGCAGGAAUCAGGUUCAGAGCAGGGCUACUGAAGAGCUCCAAAUAUGUCUGAAGCUUCCUUCAGAGAAGGGAGUGGAACGGACUCCCUUGGGAGGUUGUGGGCUCUCCUUCAUUGAAGGUUUUUAAGCAGAGGUUGAAUUGCCAUCUGCCAUAGAUGCUUCAGUUGAGAUUCCUGCAUUGCAGGGGGUUGGACUAGAUGACCCUUGGGAUCUCCCAGCCAACCCUAUGAUUCCUUACAUUUUAGCAUCAAUGAUGUACUUUAAAAAGAGAGAGUAUAGGUGCCUGCACCAGGUGGUUUAUAUUCUAAAAAUAGAUGAAGGGGCGGGAAAUUGAGAUGGAGGUAAACAUAUGCUGUUAUUUCACAUAUACUUAAGUACAGUUGCAAUAUAUAUUUCUUAAACUGAAGUUUAUUCUACUCAGGGCUACAGUGGUAGUAGUGGAGCACUGUGUAGAGAAUUUGAGAAUGUAAAAUGUGUGUGUGUGUGUGUGUGUUGCAGUGUCCAUGAUGCACCAGCAAGCGGCAACGUCACAUUACAACUCUGCGCAAGCAGGGAGCCAACACUACCAAGGGCAGUCUUCCAUUGCCAUGAUGAGUCAGAGUAACCAAGGCAACAGCAUGAUGGGCCAACGGCCAAUGGGCCCUUACCGACCUUCACAGCAAGGUAAAUAAGAACCAAGGACUCAGAACUGUAUAGCUCCACAGUGUUGCGUGUGUUCCAAGGGCAUGACCGUAUGAGAUGGAAGAUCCAUGGUUGGAUGUGAGCUGGGUCUUUUUAAACAGCAAAUUCAACUGCUGAGAGGCCUACCUCAGGUGUGGAAAGUAGCACUGGGGAAUCAGGGUUAACGCGUCUUCCCUCAUCACUGCAGUUUUGUAGUUGCAGGGCAAAGAGCAGCUGGGGAGGGUGUGAUCCCAAAAAUGGCACAGGAUGAAUGAACCAAAACAAACUUCCAGUGCUAUGGUCCCAUAGCACAUAGAACUCAGUUUCUCACACUGAAGUUCACAGCAGAUGCAAGACUUGAAGCCCACAGUGCUAGGCCAGAACCUCCUCUGUAUAGAACAGACUUACAAGUCAGGCAGAUAGGGUAUCACUCCCUUUAAAGAGGUUGUUUCAGUUAUCCACCUUUGAUCUCACUGUAGACUGACAACGGUACUCUCACUCUGCUUUGUAGGUUCCUCUCAGCAGUACAUGGGCCAGGAGGAAUACUACAGUGAACAAUACAGUCAUGGACAAGGUUCAUCAGAGCCCAUGAACCAGCAAUAUUAUCCCGAUGGUAAUUUUGCUGAGUAUUGGGGAACAUGGUUCCAUAAUGCCGUUGACCUGCAGAAGGCUUCUGGCACCCAGGAAUGGAAUUGAAAGACGGAGGCCAAUCCACACAAAUGCUCCCAAGCCUUUACCUGAAAAUAAGACCUUACGAUAUUUAUUGGAGCUUUAUUUUCAAGCAAGUAGGCCUGAGAUCACUGUGCCAGGGGUGGGUUGGGUGGGUGGGUGGUGGUAGGCAAACUAGUUUGUAGGUGGCAUAGUUGAACCAAGGGAAAAGAGGUAAGUUUGGACAGGGUUAUAUCAGCAAAGAACCCAGACCACAAAAGGCAGAAAGAAAAUAUGCAGGAUGGAUCAGGAUUCAGUGCCAAUAAGGACCACCAUUCACAUGGUGAAAUGGCAACUAAAAUGAUCAAGGGGAUGGAGAAACUCCCCUAUGAGGCAAAUAACAACACUUAGGACUUUUUAAUUUAGAGAAACGAGGCAACGAUAGAAGUGUAUAAAAUUAUGCAUUGCAUGGAGAAAGUGACUAGAGCAAAUUGGCCCCCCACCCCCUUAACACUAGAACUUGUGGACAUCCAGUGAAGCUGAAUGUUGGGAGGAUUCAGGAGGCAAAAACAAAUACGUAUUCCCACAGCACAUAGUUAAACUGUGAAAUUUGCUUCCAUAAGAGGCAGUAAUAGCCACCAACUUGGAUGGCUUUUAAAAAAGGAUUAGACGAAUUCAAGAAGGGUAAGGCUAUAAAUGGCUACUAGCUCUACCUCUAUUGUCAGAAACAGUAAUGUUUCUGAAUACCAGUGGCUGUUGCACUCUGGUCCCGGUUGCAGGCUUCUGAUGUGCAUCUGGUUGACCACUGUGAGAACAGGAUGCUGAACUAGAUGGGCCAGGUGAACCAGCAGUGUCAGCAAGUAGGAGGGUUAAGGCGCACCAGGAUUGCCAGCAUGGUGUAGUGGUUAAGAGCUGUAGACUCGUAAUCUGGUGAACCGGGUUCACUUCCCCACUCCUCCACAUGCAGCUGCUGGGUGACCUUGGGCCAGUCACACUUCUCUGAAGUCUCUCAGCCCCACUCACCUCACAGAGUGUUUGUUGUGGGGGAGGAAGGGAAAGGAGAAUGUUAGCCGCUUUGAGACUCCUUUGGGUAGUGAUAAAGCGGGAUAUCAAAUCCAAACUCUUCUUCUUGGCAGUGGGCUCUCUGAACGGAACUAGGCAGCAAGAGGGGUCAAACAGCUGCAAAAUGUAUCCAAAGAAAAACCUAGGAAGGCAGUUGGAGAGAAAACCCUAUGUCCUUUGUCUUUGAAGCGUUUCAAGGGAAACUUUCUCAUGGGAUGUAAACCUUACAGCUCCAAAAUUUAGAAAAAUAAAAACAGAGUUUGAACCUUUGCACGUCUCUUUUUAGAGAUUUAAGUGAUCUCUUUUUAGAGAUUUAAGUUUAAUCUCUUUUAAAGAGAUUUAAUCCCCAUGUUUUUUGUUUAAUCCAGGUGUGAGCUACACUUCAGUCAUAUUUACACUGCAGGUGUUAACUACCCAUCCUCCUAAUGGGACUUGUAGUUCUGCAAAGGGAGUAGUUCUGUCAACAGAAUUCUGUGCACUACAUCACACAUUUGGCAGGAGCCAUAACUCAGCUGAUAGUAAUACAAGUUUGAAAUUGUCAUGCAUCUGAAAAAUGCACAAUCAAUUUUAAAAAUAUCCAUUUCUUAUGUACCUUUCUUUUUGUCAUAGGUCACGGUGAUUAUGCGUACCAGCAGUCAUCUUAUUCUGAACAAAGCUAUGACAGAUCAUUUGAAGAUUCUACACAGCACUACUAUGAAGGAGGUAAGAAGACGUUAUGGAAGCAGUUCUUGUAGAACGCAUCAGAUGUUGGGUAUAUGUGUGUACACACACACAAACAAACAAACAAACAGUGUUUUACUGCUGCUAGCAAUACAAAGAUAUAGCUGUUCUGUCUUCCUCUAAGAAGAUGCCAGCCGCCAUCUAGGUAAUAGGUAUAGUAGGGAUAGGGAACCUGUGGCCCUCCACAUUCCUGAACUACAUCUCCCGUUCUUCUUGAUCACUGGCCAGGGCUGAUGGGAGUUGUAGUCAAAUAACAUUUGGUGUGCUAUAGGUUCCCAAUCCCUGGGCUGAAGGUAAGUGCCUCCCAGGAAACUGCCAGCUGCAACUGACUUCUAAUGUUGGGGACAACAAAGGCCCAGCUGCAAGGUUCUUUGGUCCAUUAAGCAGGGCAAUGAAUUGGCCCUCUUCUCUUAUAGUACACCCCAUGUCCCAGAGAGGGGCUUCAGACUUAAGGGGAGAGUGUUGCAGUGCUUAUGUUAGUAUAAGCAACAAAAUGCCCACUACCCCCAGCUUGCACUGAAUAAAGGAACUUCCAUUAUACCAAUGCUUCAUCUAGCUUAUUAGUAACCAUACUGACUAGCAGUGUUUCAGACAGAGGUCUUUCUCAGUCCUUCCUGGAGAUAUCAGUCAUUGAACCCGGGACCUUUAGCAUGCAAAACAUGUCGUGUCUAUUUGCAUGCUCUGAAGCAGCCUUAAGGUUAGAUGGAUGGGACUGAACAGUCAAUCAGCUGUUGAGUCCAGCCACAUACCUCCAGUCUUUAAGCAUUAAGUGCCAAAACUACACCUAUGUAUACUCGUCUGCUUCUGGAGGGAAGGAAACCUUGCACAGUAUUGUCUACAACCCCUUGUUUCAUGGCAAACUAGAACUUUUUUUAAGUACAAGUCUUGAAAUAUCUGAAUUUCUAUUUUUUAAAGUUUCCACACAGGCUACGUAUAUGCAUGCUCAGUGGUGCAGGUGACUGAAAAGUUCCCUCUGAUCCUAGAAAUCUGUAUUGUGUGAGCCCUGCAAAAACAGGCACUUCUCUGUGCCAUAUGCAACCCUGUGAGUGUAGCCAUAUGAAGGAACUGACGCAUGAGCUGGAGUAAUUGCAUUGACAGGCACCAUUUCUUAUUGAGAACUGGUGUGAAUACAGUGGCACAUUACUCACCCUUUCACACAGAUUAGUGCUUGGAAGUGAUGCCUGUCUUUUAUGGAUAAGCUUCUCUCAAACUGGCUGCAUCCAUGGAAGAUUUAGAGUAUGCCAUUGAACCCUAUGUGGAUGUAGAGUGCUGGUUAGCUUGCAAAUCAACCCUAUUGAUAUUCUGUCUUUAGGGAAUUCCCAGUAUAGCCAGCAGCAGGCGGGAUACCAACAGGGAACUGUACAACAGCAAACGUAUUCACAGCAGCAAUACCCAAAUCAACAGAGCUAUCCAGGACAGCAGCAAGGAUAUGGUGAGAAAAUGUGUAUUGCCUUGCUUUGCUCUACUUUGUAGCUUGAUUCUGCACAACUGUGUACCCAUUCUCCCUUUCUUUCUUUCUUUCUCCCUCUCUCUCUUUUUAAAAUUUAUCCUUUUUGAAUUUUACAACAAAACAUGCAAAUUCUUUAACAAAACCAAUAAUUCACAUCAAAUCAACCUCCCCUCCCCCUCUAUCUGUGGAUCCUUCCAUUUUGUCUUUACUGCUGCAUAUCCAAAAUAAUUCCUUAAUUAUUAAUUUUUCUCUAAGAAUUUCCUUUAUUUAGCUUUACUGUUCAUUUUAUGUCAACUCUGCUAGCAUUUUAAUUCGUUUACAAUUAUUUUUCAAAUAUUCAACAAACUUUCCCCAGUCUUUAUUAAAAGUCCUUUCUUCCUGGUUUCUUAUUCUUCUUCUUCUUCAUCAUCAUCAUCAUCAUCAUCAUCAUUUAUUAUUUAUACCCCACCCAUCUGGCUGGGUUUUCCCAGCCACUUUGGGCGGCUUCCAACAAAAUACUGAAAUACAAUAGUCCUUCAGAUAUUAGUCCUCCCUUAUUCCAAGAGUUCAGGGCAGCAUUUGUAGUCCCAACCCCUUCCAUCCUCACAACAAUCCUGCAAGGCAGGUUGGGCUGAGAGAGAGAGAGAGAGGUUGUGGGGAGAGUCUGGCUUUGUAGCUGAAUGGGAUUUUAACACUUGUCUCUCCAGUAUAAAUCCAAUUCUCUAACCACCAUACCACACAGGUUUUCUUUAUAGUAGCCUGUUGAUUCAAAAAGAACCACAGAAGGGUCCCAUGCUCACUUACCUAAGGGUAAGAUUUGUUGAUAUAGUGGGACUUACUUCUGAGUCAACAUGCAAAGGAGUGGACAGUAAUGCAAAUAAGACCUGUGUCUGCAACUGUCUUUUGAGCCUAAUUGUAAGUUCAGGGAUAUCAUCCUUGCUGUCAAGUUUUUAUUAGUCAUUACCAUGAGAAAAGCACCAAAACUAAAUGCAAAAGUAAGUACUGCCUUGGAACCUUUGAAAUCCAACAAAAUGUACAUACAGUUCUCCUCCUGUCAGUCUAUUAUCACUAUAAAAGCAGGUUUCAUACAUAAAAGAAUCAGCCUGGGGGUGAAAAUCAGCUUCACAAGCCCUCCUUGAAGGCCUGCAGUCUGGAUAAAUAAGAUUGCUUGGUCGUAGAGGCAGAGUUGCUGCUGCUGCUACUACUACUAUUAUUAUUAUUAUUAUGGCCUCAGCUUUGUUAACUUUUAAAUGGCCAGUGAAAACUUUCCUAUGUCAGUCAACUUUCAGUUAAAGAGCCGUGCUGGUUGUUGUUAUAUGUUGUGCUUGUUUUUAUUUUUAAUUGUUGCUGCCUUGUUUCUGAAAUUAUAGUUAGAUUACCUUUAUGAAAUUAUUGGUUAAAUUAUUGUAGCUGCUCUGUCAAUUUAAAAAGUGGGAUAUAAACAAAUAUGCAAACAAAUAGGUAAACAAACUCAGAAGGAGAAAUUUAAGUAUGUAGUCUACUAUGCAUGUAUCAAAAUUAUGUUUAUAUUCUUCUGCUGCCAGGCUUUUAAGGACAUGAUGCAACCUACUCUUGAACUCUUGACAAGAAUUUUGCUGUUAUAUUCCCAGGUCCAGCCCAAGGAGCCUCAUCACAGUACUCCAGUUACCAACAGGGUCAGGGGCAACAGUAUGGAAGCUACAGAGCUUCACAGACAGGACCAUCUGCACAGCAACAGAGGCCUUACGGCUAUGAGCAGGUAAAUCUUCCCAUUUAGAUUACUGUAAUGCACUCUAUAUAUGGCUACCCUUGAAAGCAGGCUGGAAGCUGCAGCUAGUCAAACUGUGGUGGUGGGUCAGGUUGUUAAACAGGUCAUCCUACUAGAAUCACAUUACUUUGAUCACAUGGGACUUGCGCUGCCUUCCAACAUGCUACUGGUCCCAAUUCAAGGUGCUAUUGUUACAUAGUAACACAGGAAGGUGCCUUAUGUAGUAAGACCAUUGGCCCAUGUUGGUCAGCACUGCCGGCACUGAAUGCCUGCGGCUCUCCAGGGUUUCAGACAGGAGCUUCUCCCAGCUCUAUCUGGAGAUGCUGGAGAUUGAACCUGGACCUUACAAAGCAGAUGCUGUUCCAAUGAGCUUAGCAUAAAUAAGUAAGCAUGCUAGUACACAAGGAGAAAAUUGUGAUUGCUUUGUUCCUCCCUAGCUCCUGGUGCUGCCACACAACUGAGUAUGUCUGAACCUGUGCUCAUGGUUUGUCUCCCCUAAACAAAUCAUGAGCCAUAAGCCAAGAAAAAAAUGUAGUUUGUUUGGAGGACAAACCAUGUGGCCUGGUGUGGACGUAACUUUAAGCUUAGCUCCAGAUAGCAUGACAGCAGCAAAAGCUGAGGAGGAGCAAAGUGCCCAAUUUUUCCUGAGUAUUUGCACUCACUCAUGGUGAGCCAUAGUUUGGUUUAGUGUUGCAUGUGAACCAGGCCUAUGUGUCUGUAGAAAUGACUGUGUUAAUUUCUCUCUCUCUCUCUUAUUUUUAACAGAGCCAGUAUGGAAACUAUCAGCAAUAA